AUUUCUACUUUGUCCAAAGUCAAUAACCAUGUUGUCAAAUUGCAGUAGGAUUCUGGACAAGCAAAUCUGUGUCAAAUUAUGGAAUAAUCUUCUCCCUUCACAAGUCAAUUGUUUUGGGUGGCGUUUGCUGCUAAAUGGGCUUCCCACCAAAGAUGCUUUGCUUGGUAGGGGAAUCCAACUAGAAAACAAUGCAAUGCUGUGUUCCUUGUGUUCAGAGGAGUUUGAAUGUGUGGAUCACAUAUUUGUCAAAUGUGCAAAAAUCCAAAAGCUGUGGAAGAGAUGUUAUGGUUGGUGGGGUUUAAAUUUCAUUGCCCCAGUUCUGCCCAUCAGUUAUGUGAAAGUCAUUGUGCAGGUGUUCAUAAGCAUAUCAAACCAGAGGUAUGGUCCUUUAUAUUUUUUGUGGCUGCCUGGUCAAUAUGGACCAUGAGAAAUUCUAUGUUGCACAACUUUGCUUCAUGGGGUGAGUACUUUUUGAAAUGAUUUGUAUGAGGUCUUUCAUUUGGCCCCAUGGGAAGAUAGAAGGCAGUGUUUUCGCAGUUCACCGUUGAUGCUUGAUUCCUUGAUGUGGCGGAUGAAGUCCUGCUACAACUUUUAGAUUCUGUGAGCAUGAUGGUAAGUUUUUAUUUCAAAUCUUGUAACAUUAAGGUGUUUAAAA